AUGGACUCUAUGCAAGGGGCAGUUUCGACACCGAAAAAGCGACAAGCUGCCGAUGACGCGAACCGAGAUACUGACGAUGAAAAUGACAACGACCAGACACCACGAGGUGACCCUAGAAAAGAAAAGUUAAGAGGGAAGAGCACAGGAACCAGUGCUUCAUCUCACACCAGCAGCACGUAUUCUCGGAGUAGCAAGCGCUCCAGAGGAUCUCAAUCUCCAAUAAAAAUGUGGCCUCUGGAAGGACCUCUCGGCCAUAAGCUUAUGCGGGCGAAUCAAUUCGGCCAUCACGUUCCGGCAGUUCAGGAGCUCAUUGACCAGUUUGAUGCAGUCAACAGAGGACGCUCCAUCAUGCCCAAAUCUCUCUAUCAGAGCCUCAGAGAUGUUGGCGUGGGAAGAUUAUAUGAUGACAUGUUUUUCGAGCAAGACACCGCGGCAGAUAGGCCUUGUGAUAAGGACUUGGUUCGGUAUGCCCAGCGCAUCGCUCAACAUUCAAAUACUUGCGCAAGCCAGCUGCAAGAUGAGGGAGCAUGGAACAACCUCGUGCAUUCCCGCUUAUUAGACUUGUUUGUUCAUGACAUGCAAGACGGACCAGACCAUGGUAUAAUUGACUUUCUGCCUUGUUUAACAACAAACAUGAACCUCAGUUAUCAUCGCUUCAGCGAGCCGACCAGCCGGGUUGACUACAUUAUCCGCAUACUGCACGAGUCUCAGGAUGAUGAUGUAGGAGACCAUGAACCUCUCCAGUGGUUUGACUCUAACAGGAUGCCAUUAUUGAAUUGGACUACCGGCCAGUUACUCCCUAUUGCCUUCAGUAUCGAGACUAAGCGUUACGGUGGUGGUGUUGCGAAGGGAGAGCAACAGCUAGGUAUAUGGAACGCUGCGCAAUGGGAAUUCCUUAUAUCAAAAGCCGGAGAAAAAGCUGUCAAGGAGCUUGACUUCAUUCCGGGCGUUGUGGUAGAGGGGCAUACCUGGUCUCUUGUUAUCACUACAAGGCACCUGAACAGAACGAAUGUUUUCCCGGGCAUUCAAUUUGGAAACACGCACUCGAUUAUUGGUGUAUUCCAGGUUAUUGCCGGUCUGCGAAUACUACGCACCUGGGCUAUAGAGACGCUCUGGCCAUGGUACAAAAAAUACCUGCCGGGUAUAGGCCAACCUAGUGCAAGGGACUUGGUAACGGGGGUAGGACUUAAUGAGAACCGACUAAUUUGA